GUCACUGAAUCACGAAUCACAUAAAUGAACGAAAACUGCCAUCACUAGUGACGCGCUCUUCUCGAGAUUACGUGAAAUCACGUUCACGAGAGGAGCGCAAACAUGUCGCUAGCAUCUGUCGCGGGCGUUUAUCGCGUUUGUUAAACUAUUUUUAUAUCUGCGCGUUAAGUUUGAAGAGAAACGCCUAAUAAGAUGCCGCGGAGGAUCCUGGGCUCGUUCGCAGGGCUACUGUGCGCGGGGACGCGCCUGGUUGAGGGUAAAGAUUAUUGUUUUGGAGUGAAUAAUGAGCAGUACAGAUGUGAGAUGGGCUACUGCUGCGGAGAGACUGAAUGCUGCACUUAUUAUUAUGAGCUCUGGUGUAAGCACACACACACACACACGGUUCUGAGUUCGACCAUCGCCGAUGGUGGAGAUGCAGUCUGCCAGACAGGAGACAGCGUUCCGAGGAGAUCAGUCUCAUGCAUAUCAGGGGCCUCCAACUCCUUCAUCUUCUCCUCCUCCUCCUCCCUAACCUGCGCUGAGUUCUCUUCUCUUUUCUCCUUCCCAACACUAUGGUUGGGUUUAGUGACAUGUCGCUUGUAUCUCUCUGAAUUACUUUCAGGGUUCUGGACCGAUUGCAAGCUGCCCGACUAUGAGGAGGUGGUCGGUCACCCCCCGACGCCCCCGCCGCCCUAUUCAGAGGUGCCCUCAGAAGCCCAGCCACCUAUCAACCGACCAGAGGCCGCCGUGGUCCUGGAGCUGCCCGCGGAAGCGUCUGACAGACCGUCCUGCGAUUGGACUGAUCAGGAGGAUCCGAACACACGGCGCAGACACGUGACGGGGGACUCGGGUAUCGAGGUGUGUGUGUGCCAGCUGGACGUAGACGAGGGUUUAGGGCCGGAGGAGGGCCGGCUGUGUCAGGGGGCAGCCGGCGGAUGCUGCUCUGAGCGUCAGAUCGAUGCCAACAAGGCUCUGAUGUCUGAACCCAACGGCGAUGCCGAGCGACUUGUGUGACGCUCCGUUUGAGAUUACGAUGAUGAUCGUGUGAAUGACGAGAGAUAUUUUUUAAAUUUGAUAACAGCUUUAAGUCUGUUUAUAUCCUCACACCGUCUUUCUCCUCUUCUUGACACUCUAACAUACAGACUGAUAGACUGACAGCCGGCAGUUUUCUUUGCACACAGCUGCAGUGUGACAUCAGCGCCAGAGUGACACACACUUCUGCACAAUGUUAAUGGGGCAGUACACACAUAUUCUGUGAUGCUGUUUGUGUUUAAUGUUAUUCAUCUGGCGGUGUGCCUGUGCAAUCCCAUGAGCCUCUGCAAUGAUGGAAAACGAGGUCACACGAUCAGUGAUGUCAUCGUCUCACUGUUGGCCCUGUGGGAUUUACGGCUGAUUUGAAAGAUUUUCAAAGUGUCCUUCUGUGUUGUGUUUUACAACAAGAGAAUUCUGAUGAUUCCUGAGUUUGUGUCAUAAGAAUUGUGUGUGACAUGUUACAGUAAUAGACGCUCAGAAUCAGUGUCUCAUGAACUUGAGACCCCUCCAGACUGCACAAAUAUUAUUGCAAAAAACGCCUCGACACAAAACGUGUUCAUGUGUGAUCUCUGCACACACAGUGUUGCGAUGAUGUUCUGGACAUGUGUUGCCCUUGCAUGACUUCAUUUCAUCUCUGAUCUUAUGAAUGAGGGACUGAGCUCCUAAAGCACACGUACACACCACACUCUUACUUGGGUUAAAGGGCUAGAAUGAAAAUAUCACACAGAUGAGCUUUCUCUACAGUUUGUCACAGCGGUUUGAGCUUCAUGCUGUCAUUUGUUUUCUUCUUAUUUAUCUGGGUGUCGCUCUGAAUGUGCUGAACAUUGUUCUUAACCUCAACUCCCAACAUCUUCAGACUUAACCCAUUCUGUGCCUUUUAAAAACUAGAAAUCAGACUAACUAGGCUAUGCAAAACAGAAUCCAGAAAUCUUUUGUGUGCUGCACCGACGAGCAAUACUGAUCUCAUAUUCGUAUGGCUCAUAGACUCACAGAACCUCUCGUGUCCGCUGUAUACAUCUGUUCCUUCAGCUGACGCUCAUUCAUGUCAAUGUGAGUCCAGACUGUUUGUUUCGCAUGUUGUGAGACUAUUUUGUCGUGUCAUUUGUCCAGGGUUUUUGAUUGUAUCAGAUGUGUGAUUGAUGAUUUCUAUAGCUACUUUAAUGUUUGCUUUUUCAGAAAUAGUGAAAUGAUGUCUGUCAUAUGCCGGUGCUCUGAUAUCUAAAGCUUUGGACAUCAAUGUUUAAUAAUAAAUCAUGUUUAAUAUUGAGCCAAAACAGAGCUUGCGUACGGACUGCAGUUUUUCUGUAAACGUAAAUAUCUUUACGCGCAGUUAAAACAUGUAACGUGCGUUUAAUGAAACAUUUCACAGUAGAUUUCUUUGAUGGGGUUCUUCUGAUAGCAGAUAAUGAUGAUGUACUUGAUUUAUAUGGGCUGAUUUUUGCCACAAAAAGAUGUUUUAUUUCAUUAUGAAGGAAGAAAAGUUUCCAGCACUGAGUGUUUUCUACUGUCAGGUAUCUAGAGUACUUUGUCUGCUGUGGUUACUAUAUAUAUAUAUAUAUAUAUAUAUAUGGUCAUUUGUAUUUUAUUUUUGUAAUAAAUUUACACCAGCUUUUGCUUUCAA